AUGGUAGCAGCUGCCGUUCUAAAAGAAGAGCCCAAAAGUGCUGACCCCCAUAGCACACCUGCUAAUGGUGCCGCCAGCACGACUGCGACCCAUGAGCCCACAUCGCGCGACACGACAGCCACGGAAACUAACACCAAAGCUCAGAGGAAAGAGCGGGUAAUCCCCUGGGAAGCUACUCACCAACAGGUGGACAUCAAGACGUUCACAGGCUACGAUUUGAAACUGGAUGGCUGGAUUCGUCAAGACGUUUUGAACGAAAGAAGGCACAAAGCAGCGUCGCCGUCAGCUGCAGCCGCGGUUGCAGAUCCUAUUCCCGCUGACGAAGUCGACGACGAGGACGACGACGGGGACAACGAGGAUGAAGGUGAUGGCGACGAGGAAUGA